AUGGAUAUUUAUACCGAAUCGAGUUUAAAAACAUGCAAGAAAGUAUGUGAACUUUGUGAUGGAGAACAAAUCGGAUCAUUUGUGGCAGUGGACUAUGUACUGUUUGCAGGGGUUCUGGUAGUUUCAGCACUUAUUGGAGUUUUCUACAUGGUCCAAGAAGCACGUGCAGCGAAACAAGCCACAGCCGAUGAUGUUCUGAUGGGCGGAAGGGAUAUAGGAAUCUUUCCUAUAGCUAUGUCCUUGAUGGCUAGUUUUAUGUCUGCUAUAACAGUGUUGGGAACACCUACCGAAAUGUACAAUAACAACACAAGUUACUGGAUUGCUGGAAACGCUAUUAUCAUCACAACGAUACUGACCAAUCACGUGUUUCUUCCCUUUUUCCAUAAGCUAAGCCUAACCAGUGCAUAUGAAUACUUGGAGAAGAGAUUUAACGUAGUUGUACGAGUAUGUGCAUCAUUGAUCUUUAUGAUGAAUAUGCUCCUGUAUAUGGGAGUAGUUUUGUAUGCACCUGCCUUGGCAUUGAAUCAAGUUACUGGUCUGAGUUUGUCGCUGUCAAUUGUCUGUAUAGGCCUGGUGUGUACAUUCUACACGGCACUGGGUGGACUAAGAGCUGUUGUAUGGACCGACACAUUUCAAACAUUUGUCGUCAUGGCCGGACUUAUCGCCAUUAUUGUAGUAGGGUCACGUGAGGUCGGUGGCUUGGAUAGAGUCUGGCAAAUAGCUGAGCAUGGUGGCAGAAUACAUUUCAUUGACUGGAGUGCCGACCCUACCGUUCGUCACUCCUUCUGGGCACUUGUCAUUGGUUCUAUUGUUGGUCAGCUGACGAUUUACGCAGCCAAUCAGACAAUGAUUCAGCGAUAUUUGGCGAUCAAAGAAAUAACAAACUCUAAAAGAGCACUGUAUGUAAGUCUCCCAUUGACUUUGAUCCUGUCCACGGUGGUGUGUCUGGUAGGAAUUGUCAUAUAUGCUACUUAUCAUGAUUGCGAUCCGAAAAUCCUGAACCUCGUCAAAGCCAGAGACCAGUUGCUACCAUUCUUGGUUAUGGAUAAGCUUACAUUCUUACCUGGUCUACCCGGAUUGUUUGUGGCCAGUCUUUUCAGUGCCUCUCUCAGUUCUAUCUCAUCUGGACUGAAUGCCCUUGCCAUUGUUAUAUUAGAAGAUAUACUAAAGAUAUACUGGCGGCAUAACGGGGGAGAACCAUUACCAGUUGUCCAGGGACGUAUUGCUAAAGUGUUGGGAUUUAUAUGUGGAGGAAUGGUGAUUGGCAUUGCGUUUCUCUCCCAGUUUCUCGGACAAACUGUUCUUCAGAUUAUGCUUAGUAUAUUCGGCAUGGUGGGAGGUCCUCUGCUAGGAUUGUUUCUCAACGGGAUUUUUCUACCCUGGGUAAAUUCGGCGGGAGCGUUUUGUGGACUUGUCUGCAGUGCUGUAUUGACAUUCUGGGUGGGUGUCGGAGGUUCUGUAAUAUUACCAAUACCUCCGAUAAAGAAAGUUUCAGCGUCUAUAUGUCAACACUUCCAGCGAAACUGUACGUCAUCAGCUGAUAAUCAGAACACAGCAACACUUUACAGUACCAUGACACCUAUUUCAACAAUAUAUUACAACACUUCGACAGAGAUACCUACAGCAGCUACACCAAAUGGACAGGAUUUGUGGAUUUACCAUAUCUCCUACUUAUGGUAUGCCUUAUUCGCCGUGUUGAUAUCUCUCUUCGUUGGAACUGUCGUUACACUUCUGUCAAAUUUCUGCACUGAUUUGAACCGUCCUGAAGACUUGGACAAAGAAUUGGUACAUCCAGUUUCUGACAGAGUAUGCUGUUACCCUGCUUUAUCAUGUCAAAAGGUUAAUCGUCUGACGAAACCACCUUCACAGUUUUACGAAUCCUCAUCGAAAAAGACCGAGGCAUACACAUAUGACGGACCGUAUACUGUUACAAACGGAGAUCUCGAACUUCAGCCAAACGUACAAAUGACACAAACACGAUAUAGGGACACAUCACGUCAGACUCAUGAAGCCCCUGGCUAUCACGAAAACGGUCUGAUGCCUGACAACGAUGACGAUCUAACAAAGUUGUAA